GGAACGGUAAGCUGUAGCGGCUGCUGUUCUAAACUCGGCACGGCGGGCGACGAUGUCUGCUGCCCAUGCGGCUGCGCUGUUGCGGGGCGGACGGCGCGUCUGGCGGCCUCGAAAGUUGAGGCGCCGCUGAGGCAGGAGGUGAGUGGUGAUCUGGAGUCGCUUCUCGUGCAGGCGGCGCGCGAGCGGGAGGAGCUGCUACAAGAACAGCUUGGCGCCGCCCGGCGUGGUGAAUGCAGCGAGAGUGACGACGGUGACGAGCGGAGGAAGAAGGAGCCGAAGAAAAAUGUUAAGGCGAAUAAUCGCUCUAACUUCACACAUUUCCGAAACAAGAAUUUUGCUCCGCGACUGCCGUCGCAUGGUGGGACACUUGACAGUGGCAACGGAGACAAGGACCGUCAGAGCAACGAUGAGGACGAAUACGAGACACAUGAGGAACUGACGCAACAAACAGGACGACGCAAGAAUAAGAGAAAAGGCGCCAGACGGAAAGAUGAUGAGGCCACUGCCACCCAACCAGCAGGCACGCCUUAA